GGCCAAGUAUUGUAGAGAUUGAGGUCUUAUUUAAAUGCAGAGGAAUAAACCCUAAUGGAUAUGCUCAAAGCUCUCAGACAAAACAACCAAUUCAGAAAGUUAAUUAAUGGCAGCAAGACAGCAACCGAGAGGAACAGGCUUAGAGGUUCAGUAUAAAGAUUUUGUCCCUAAAUCUGAUUGGAAAGACCAACCUGAAGCCAUUCUAUUCACCAUUGAUCUUCCAGGUUUUACAAAGGAGCAAAUAAAGGUAAUGUAUGUGCACGCCUCGACGAUGAUAAGAGUCACCGGAGAACGUCCCCUGGCUGGUCGGAAAUGGAGCCGUUUCAACAAAGUAUUCAAUGUUCCUCAGAAUUGUCUAGCAAAUAAGAUCCAUGGGAGCUUCAAUAACAACACGUUAACAAUCACCAUGCCUAAGGAGACGAUUACAAAGAUGCCUAAUCUUCCAGAAACUUCUAAAACUAUGGCUGAUAAGGUGGAGAAGCUAGAGGAGAAGAGGUUGUUGGAGGAAUCUACUAGGAAAGAGAAGGAAGCAGAGGCUGAGAAGAAGAAGAAGCUUUUGGAAGAGAAAGAGGGAAUACUUAGGAAGCUUCAAGAAGAAGCUAAAGCAAAAGAGAUGGCUGAGGCAAAGAAGCUGCAAGAAGAAGCUAUAGCAAAAGAGAAGGCUGAGGCAAGGAGGGUGCAAGAAGCAGCUAUAGCAAAAGAGAAGGCUGAGGCAAGGAGGUUGCAAGAAGAAGCAAAAGCAAAAGAGAUGGCUGAGGCAAGGAGGCUUCAAGAAGAAGUUGUAGCAAAAGAGAAGGCCGAGGCAAGGAGGUUGCAAGAAGAAGCAAAAGCAAAAGAGAUGGAUGAAGCAAGGAGGCUUCAAGCAGAAGCUAUAGCAAAAGAGAAGGCCGAGGCAAGGAGGUUGCAAGAAGAAGCAAAAGCAAAAGAGAUGGCUGAAGCAAGGAGGCUUCAAGAAGCAGCUAUGUCAAAUGAGAAGCUGUUGGAAGAAGCUGCACUAGAGAAGAAGAUCCAGGAUAAGAAAUCUAUGGAUGAAUUUGUAAGAAAAGAGAAGAUGAAAGAAAAACUAAGUGACUCGGUUCUGGAAGAAAAUAAAACAGGAAAAGGAAUAAUGGAGAAAAUAAGGGGAAGAGAAAUAACAAGUGAAGAGAAGAAGUUGAUGAUGAAUGUAGGAGUGUCUGCCUUUGUUAUCUUUGCCCUAGGAGCUUACGUUUCUUACAGACCAGAAUGAGAAUGAUAUGGUCUUAAACGAAGUUGUGUAUAAAGCUCUUAUACUUUGUAAAAUGUGAUAUUCCAAAAAUCUAAUAAAGUUUGAUGAUGCCAUAUUUAUAACA